AUGAGCUCCAGAGGUCAUAGCACACUACCACGGACUCUGAUGGCCCCUCGAAUGAUUUCCGAGGGAGAGCUCGGAGGCAUCGCCCAGAUCACGUCUUCUCUCUACCUGGGCAGGGGCAGCGUCGCUUCCAACCGCCACCUCCUCCAGGCCCGAGGGAUCACCUGCAUCGUCAAUGCCACCAUCGAAAUCCCCAAUUUCAACUGGCCUCAGUUUGAAUAUGUCAAAGUGCCUCUGGCCGACAUGCCCCACGCCCCCAUCGGGCUGUACUUUGACAGCGUGGCUGACAAGAUCCACAGCGUGAGCCGCAAGCAUGGGGCGACCCUGGUGCACUGUGCGGCCGGCGUGAGCCGCUCUGCUACUCUCUGCCUCGCUUACCUGAUGAAGUACCACAGCGUGUGCCUGUUGGAGGCAUACAACUGGGUCAAAGCCCGGAGGCCCGUAAUUAGGCCUAACGUGGGGUUCUGGAGGCAGCUGAUAGACUACGAGCGUCAGCUCUUUGGGAAGUCCACAGUUAAAAUGGUACAGACGCCUUAUGGCAUUGUCCCAGACGUUUAUGAGAAAGAGUCUCGACACCUGAUGCCUUACUGGGGGAUUUAGGCCACUGCAGCCUGCCCAGCAGCCCCAUUGAGCAGUACCAGCAUCUGCUACACACAGUCUGCUCCCCUCUACACCUUUCUUUUCACAUGAUGGACUUGUGGUUCUCCCUCGAGUGUUUUUUACAGUGGGUGUUCAAGUCUAUUUUAAGAGGUGGGGGGGUGGGGGAAGGGAUACAUUGCAUUGCUAGUGACCUUUUUAAAAGUAACCUUUUGAAAUAGUGUUUACAGAAAUCUUUAUCCAGCUUUUAAUCAUUUUUAGACAAUUUGAAAGAUAAAUAAUUGAAUGACAGGUUUUGCUCUCCCUCCCCCUGAAUCUUAUGCCUUUGACACCAUUGCAGGUACCUGAGCUCAAUUCAAAGUGACAAUCACUUUGUGCUAGGAUCAAUCCUUCAGACACGGGCUUUUUACUCAAGGCUGCCAACUAAAACAGCUGCUUAGGAGAAAUUUAUAUAAUGCUGCAGUCUUCAGUGGGUCACUUAUAUUCUUUUGCAUUUAUGAUUUACUCAACCUGCAACUUCAAAUAAGUAAACUUUUAUUUAAGUGUAAGUAAUGAUAAUGAAAUUUGCUGCAGAGUUGUCUUGGAGUCACUAAAGUGAUUCUGGAUUAUAUUAGUAUUUUUAGUAAUCUCGUAAGCUUAACCUUUUAUUAGGCAGAUUUUUAGUUUUCUUGAUAAUGAUUCACUUUUGUUUCUUGUAAUGGUAAAAGAAAGAUUGUGGUAAAAUAUGGCCCUUCUGACAAAAUUAUGAACUUAAAUACUUAAAACAGGCUUUUCAACUGAGUCAUGUAUACCCAUUCACACUGUUGCAGAUGGGCAGAUAUUAAUAUCUCAGACAAGUGCUGCUGAACACUGAGAAUAAUGUGUGUUCAGAAAAGAAGGCCUUAUUCUCAUCAGCCCAUUGUGAAUUGGAGUGCUCCAAAGCACUAGGCCCUCCAAUAUAGGUAUGUUAAAAAAAAAAAGAAAGAGUGCCUAUACUUAUAUGGAAAAACAAAACAAAACAAAAACAGAAUCGUAAAAAUGUCAAUAAAGAUUAUAAACAGCAA